UGAAACAGAGGUAUCAAAAACCGUGUUCAGCCACCUUAAAUCUUCGAUCGAACUUUCAUGUUCAAUUUGAAACUGAAAAUACACUAAGCGGUCAAUUUCCGUUAGAAAUCUUGUGUGGUAAAUGUAAUUCUUGCAAAUAGUCGCUGUAUAUUUACGUUUAGAGUCACUCUGGUUCAGAGUAAAGACAUACAAAGUCAAAUACUGCCUCCGUACGCUACCCAUCGAAAAAUCAAUUUUGUUCGAAGACCGAACUGCAACGGAGUUUAGUUACCAGUCUUAUGCUGCGUGUUAUUAGAUAGAACGCAUGAUAUGAUUGGCUCCGUAUAUCACAUUACGUCAGAGGACAUGUCUGCCACAUAGGACCCAACCGCAACGGUAAAAAUGUUUACAAAUGUAACUAUUUGACGAGUCAGCGGACAACGCGAACCAAUGGCUCCUGGGUUGAAUUAUGCCAUUUGAAGAUUUACAUCAUUGCGAUGGCGGACACCAUGACGUAUGAUAACACACAAGCGUUUGCCGAACCAGAAUGUCAUUUUUCCCGCCUUCCUAAUGAGAUUGUAGAGAAAAUCAUGUCUUAUUUGUCACCAUAUGGAGACUUUUUUGAGGCCAAAUGUGUAUGUCGUUUGUGGUAUUGUUUGAUCUCCAGAAUAUCCAGACAACGGGUACAAGAUUUUCGAGAAGCUGUAAGAACUGGUAAUUUACGAAUUCGAACAGUGACUACUAAAACGAGGGUGUCACCUUCACCACGAUUCUCCCAUGGCUGCUGUAUCAUAGGAACUAAAAUGUACAUAUAUGGAGGAUGUUCGUCGUCAAAUACGGCUUUUAAUGAUCUAUAUUUGCUGGAUUUAAUAGAAAAACGCUGGAUGAGGCCUCGAACUUCUGGUUCCCCUCCACCACCUAAAGAAUGUGCGACUGUUGUGGCUUAUGACAACAGAGAUAUGGUCAUAUUUGGUGGCUGGUGUCAGCCUGCAAGGACGGGAAUUAAUUCUGCUGCAAAAUUUUUUGAUGACCUGUAUAUAUUCAAUGUCAUCAGUCAGUCCUGGAGUUCCCCAGCUGUUAACCUAAAUGGACCCAGACCUUGUAAGAGAGCUGGACAUGGAGCAUGCACCAUAGGAUGCAAAAUGGUAGUCUUUGGAGGAGCUCAAAGACAGCUGAGGUUUAACGAUGUGUGGGUGUUAGACAUGGUGACCAUGACGUGGAGUUGUCCCAACAUCAGAGGCAAGAAACCUUCUGGAAGAUUUGGUCAUUCUCAGAUGGUAGUGGAUGAGCACACAAUUCUUAUUCUUGGGGGAUGUGGUGGACCAGACUUGUUAUUUGGAGAUGUUUGGAUUCUGGAUACAAAUCAAUGGAUCUGGCAAGAGCUAGAGGUGGAGAACCGCCAAUGGGAGGCUCCCCAAUUAUGGUGUCACCCUGCCGUCUAUGUCAAGGACACGGUUCUAGUGUUUAGUGUACCUCGCCAUCAAGUACAUGCCCUUUCUUUGGAAGGACAGAAAGGGGCCAGGCAGAGGCCAGGCCUUGACGGUUUGUUGCCCAUGCAAAUUUUUAUUCUAGACUGUAGCCAAAUACACUCGCAUUUCUCAUGCACAUGGAAGCCUCCUCCAGAGGCUCAAAGCUUUUUGCCUGCUACCUCUUUACAUUCUGUUGUUGUAGCCAGGGGGGAGAUACUCAUUUUUGGUGGAAUGUUCACAAGGUGGACAGAGUCGAGUCCAGACACCAGUAGCGAUCUUGUAGCUAUUUCAGCAUGUUAGGCAUGUAAUUGUUUCCCAGCAUAUACAUAUAGUGCAAACAUACAUGUAAUGCAUCAAGUAAUUAUUCUUCAAAUGAAUAAAAUCUACUGGUUCAGAAUG